GGGUGUGACUUUUGAUGGAGCUCCCCCUCCCAGUUAUGUCAUUACUUCAGUUCCUUUGAAUCAGAAUAAAAAGUGCAGCAAACUUCAGACUCAUUGACUGCGGGCUUAACAAGCGUCGGGGCUUUUCUUCUUCCUGCAGCUUGCAAGGAUCUUUGGAUUUUGCAAAACACUUCCAAGAAAACAAUGGCCAACUUCUCCUUAUGGGCGACUUUUGGAUUAUGUUUGUUGAAGCUUUGUCUAGCAGAAACACAAUUCAAUGUAAGCUGCAGAUAUGGAGGAGUUUUUCAUGUUGAGAAAAAUGGACGCUACAGUCUCACACGACCUGAAGCAGUCAAACUCUGCAGAGCUCUCAAUAGUACCUUGGCAACACUAGAACAGCUGAAGAAAGCUCAUGAACUUGGAUUUGAAACUUGCAGGUAUGGUUUUGUAGUGGGGCAUAUUGUUAUCCCACGAAUCAGACCGUAUCAUCUUUGUGCAGCAAACCAUACUGGCAUUUACAAGCUUCCAGCAAAUACAACUGGUCGGUAUGACGCAUAUUGUUACAAUGAGACAGAAACAAGGGACAUAGGGUGUGAGCCAGUCGAAAAACUAGAUACUUCUCUCCUCAGUAAUCAAGAUGAAAUAGUCAUUGACAAUGCGGAUGGCUCACGUUAUAAUGCAGAUGGCACACGUCAUACCAGUGGAGAGUCCUCAACUUCAGGUGCAGAUGAUGAAAAUGUAGGUAGUGGAUCAACUCAUGAGACAACUCCCAUGGAUACCUCCGUCAGGAGAUCCAGUCCCUCAUAUUAUGGAAGUGCUACUCCAGUCUCACAGCUGCCAGAUCACACUUCUGGAGGGGGUGAAAAGGGAACUCCUGGAAAAGACUACGAUUAUGAAGUUCCAUCUCUAUCACCUGACAUCUCUUUCGGGACAGUGGCUGAUGAUUUCCAUGAAGAAGAUGGUGGACAUUAUCAUACUACUACUACUGUGGACUCACAACACGAAACGCUUCUGGAAAUCUCCACACAAGAUCAUUGGAAUCCCACCCUCAUAGAUGAAGAGGAGCAGUAUCCUAGCUCUCCUAGCAGGGCACUAGUUACAAGUGAAAAUGAAAAACAUCAAGGACCAACCCAACAUCCACUACCAUACAGCAUUCAUUCUGGAGGGAUCAGUCAAGAACAAAAUCCUGCAAAUACCACAGCGAGUAUUGAACAACAUGAAUUUACUAUUGCGGGUGAAAGUUAUUUUGAAAAGGAAUCUUCUCAUACAGCUAUGGUCUCCACCCAUGGGGCCAAACAGAAUGACUCCAUGCAAGACCCAUGGAUAUAUCCAGGUUGGGACAACGGAGAGGAAUAUGCAACACGGCCUGCUAUAAUGGAUAGAACUAUUCCUUCCAGAGGGAAUAAUCAUGAGAAAGGCUCUUCCACUACAGGCUCUACCUCUAGUAUAUAUGGUAAUGAAGGACCACGCAAGGGACAUCAUGAAUCCACUACUUUCCCUGGAGAGACUGCCACAACAAAAAUAGAUUCACAGCCAAGGUCGGCCCGUGUACCAGAAUGGCUGAUCAUAGUGGCUGCUCUUGUGGCACUUGUAUUGAUUCUUGCAGUGUGCAUUGCUGUUAACAGUCGGAGAAGAUGUGGGCAGAAGAAAAAGCUAGUGAUUAACAAUGGGAAAGGGGCAGUGGAGGACAGGAAGUCAAGUGCAUUAAAUGGAGACAUCAGCAAAUCACAAGAAAUGGUGCACUUGGUUCAUAAAGAACGGUCAAAUGACCGAACACAAGCAUGUGAUGAACUUCUGACUGUCAAUGAAACACAGAAUCAUCAGGACCUUGACAUGAAGACUGGAGUGUAAUGGUACCAUGUUGCCAAGUAAAUCAGGGCUGGGGAAAUCAAAAUCACGUGGAACUUGAACAGGAAUUCACAGAUGCACUGUGCUACUGAUGUCUUUUGAAAAUAAACAUAAGUUUUAUUCCUUUUUAAUCACUUUACAAUGUUGCCAGGGUUUAAAAAUUGACAUGUGCUUUCUGAAAUAUGCCCCAAGAGUUGCAUAAUGCUCUCAGUUCCCAGUCCCUACACAGAGGACUUUCACUUUGUCCUGGAUGUUAGGAGACAUACAAGUUUACCUCAUUAUUCCCCAGAUGGAAGGUCUUCGCUGUGUGGAGCUUAAGAAGUAUCCAGUCACUCCAUCUUAGAAACAUAUAAGGUACUAAACUCGCCAUGAUACAAGAGUAAGUGAGGAAAAAAUGUCAAGAGUGACAAUCAACUCUAAACCCAAAAGGCACGCUCUGUAAUGUCUGAAACAUGAGAAUCCUUCAGAAAUGCCUUCCAGCCAGGAAGAGCAGAGGGUGCAUUCAGAAUCUGCCACUAUAAACAGAAAGUGACAUUUUGUAAUUAUGUGUGGCUUGGUCCGCAAUGAGGGAAACCCAGAAGGAUAAAAUUUAUUUAUCUCUAUUUUUAAAUGAUACUAUGGGCAUACAGCAAGUCUUCUCGGGAGGGGUAAUAAAGAGAUGAAAAUGCGAACUGAUACAUAAUAAAGGUCUAUACUUUAUCAUCCUAGCAACCUGUACAAUUAUCCUUGAGUUUUUGAGAUAUUCUUUGCUCUUCUCCCUCCCUCAUUCAUUGGUCCAAGUUUGUGCAUGUUUUUAAUGAGUCUGUUAGUUAAGAUAAUGAAUGAAACAAAAUGACCCCAGCUCUAGCACACAUGCACAAAUCAAGCAUUUGGAGAUCAUUAGGGAAGGUGACAGUAUUUUAUUCCUGAAGAAUGGGUCUCUAUCUUAGAUAAUUUAACUUUUUAUUCCAUUUAACUUAGGAGAUGCUGAGCCUAGUAAAAUUGUUUCCCUUAUUAUUAUUAUGUCGUACCAGUUUGCUGAUAUUUUAAAAGUUCUUUUUCUAUGAUUUCACUUAUUUCCUCAGAAUUCUAUUUCAUCUACAUUUUUUCCAUCUGCUUUUUAAAAAGAAACAUUGCUUACGUAUUGGUACCAGAAAUUCAAAUUCUACAGAAAAGGUCAAAGAAAAUGAAAGGAAACUCUCCCAGCCAUGUAAUAUAGUAGAGUCGCUAAGCUGCAUUGUUAUAUGCUUGUGUUUUGUCCUUUUGUGUCUGUUAUGUAAAGUAUUUGUAUUAAGCUAUGAUGCUGUGCAUUAUAUUGAUAUGAAUUGUCAGAAAAAAUCUUAUUUACUACCAGUGGUCUGUGCUAUUUUUUAGCAAGCAGUUUGGAAUGAUAACUUCUAAUUGGGCUGCCCCAAGAAAAUGCAAGUAAAAACAAUUUAAGGAAUUGCAACCUGUGGUCUGCGUCAGCUGUUGGAUAGGGAUGGCCUGUAACAGGGUUAUGCAAGUGUUCCUGUUCACUGACCAUAGCAUCUGUCUUUGAAACUGUUCUGCUAAAGCAUUUUAUUUUAUGUUCUCCAUCUGAAACAGUCUGGAGGAUGAGUAUUGAGCUAGCUAAAUACUAACUUUAGCUCACACUGAUCUUUACUGGAACAUAAAGCACAAGACUGUUGAUUAUAUUUCUGAAUUGCAGUCCUCCAGCAGUUUCCCAUGUGUUUCACUGAGAUGCUCAGUGCCCUGGUAUCUGCAGGCAGAUCUUCUCAGGGCAAUUUACACCUGGGCAAAAGGUCCCAAGACAAGCAGAGGUUUUAAAAUAUGCGUAGGAUGUUAUCUGACUUUAUGUAGGUCAGGAUAUUUCAUCUAUGAACAGUGCAUUGGUUUUUGUUUAAUCCCUGUAAUGUUUUUAAGAAAGCAUUUCUAUUUGUCAUUACAAAUCAAAAUGUUCCGUUGAAGGCUGUGUUUAAACUAGUGUUAGGUACUCAUUUCACUAAGUAUGGAGAUCCAGAGUAAGAAUUAUUCCUCUCUUUAAGUCCUAAUUGAAUAUAGGUCUUAAUGUAAAGGAGAUAUUUCAUUGUCUUGGAGCCUAAAUUUCUCUUUCAGAAAAAGAAAAAAGUUUGUGAUGUUAUUCAUCUCCCUACACAGGUGUUGAAUGAAGAAUCUCACAAGCUUCUUCCUAGUUUACCUUAUGUUCAGCAACUAUAAAUGCACAGACAACACUGGUUGAGUUUUUUUAUAUAUUUUUAAAUAGGGAGAUCCUCAAGUUGUCUUUACAGAGGCACUGCCAUUAUUUUAUAUAUGCUGGUUCUUUUUAGAUUAUGUCCUGUGAUUCAUGUGUGAUUGUUUCAUUAUAGUUUCAAAACUACGUUUCAUAUGUGUAAUAUAGUACAUAUUUUUAUUAAUCUUGAUUUUAUUAUAUGAGGGGUUGUUUGUUGUGUGUAUGUAUUUUUAUACAGAGCACUUGAUAUAUUUGCAUAUUUAUUUAACAGAUUACUCAGAAUGAUAGAAAAUAUCAUAUCUAAAUUGUAACUAGCAAUAGUAUUGCUAAAAACACAUUGAACUGUAAAAUAAGCUUCCAAAAUAAACUUGAUUCCAUGUUGAGGAUAAACAGUAAGACCAGCUAUUAGUGGGAAAGAAGUAUUCAGCAGGAUAGUCAUGUUGAGUAUUUGUGACAAUUUUUUCUGCUUGCAAAUUCUAAGCCAGGCCGAGGUGAAUGCUAUGUGACCUUUUCUGCUCUGCCAGCCUUCCAUAGGCUCCACAGAUGCUCUGGGAGUUGGUGAUCAAGUCAGCUUCCCCCCAGAAGCAGACAUCAGCUUGAUUCAAUUUAAGAUCAACCCACUAAGACCUGCAUGACUAUUCUUGGCUCAUUGAACCAACAGCAUUUAGAGAGCACAGCACCCAGCCCUUCCUUCAGCGUGCUGACAGGCAAAUUGGGUUUUGGUCUAUCCUUGGUGCCUAGGAAGUAUGAGGAUCUCUUCUAAAAAUGCUGAGGAGGUCAGACCCUGUGAUCAGCUUGUGUUAAUUCUUUGUCUUGAAAAGUUUCAAAUAAAUGUAAUCUAGACCAAUGGAAAUACUGUUUAAAGCAGUAGACGCAUUCAAGAGAGAGAUUUUAUGUUUUAUAAGAAUAUAAUUUUUUUCAUGAAGCAAUGCAGAGUGAUUGUUUCAUCUGUAUUUUUUUGAAGAUCUUAGAAAGAGAAAGGGUAUGUGGCCAUCAUGUCUACCUGUGUGGAUAUUAAACUCUUACCACAAUAUCAGUUCCAAAAUUGUGACUUUGCAGUUUUUCACAUGAUAUGGCUGUCUUUUGUGUGUCCCUUUUCAACAACAUCAGCCUCUGUACUAAUUAGUUUGAAGCAUGUUGUCU